AGGUAAAAGUCAAGAGUGGAAAACGGCAAACGUCCCGGGGGUUAUUCCGUGGAGGACGCGGGAGUACCUCUCAGGAAAAAAAUGCCGAACAAGUCCAAAAAAGACAAGGAAUCCCCAAGAUCUGGCAGGUCCAGAGGGAGAGGAAAAAGCGAGAACCACAACUCAGAAAAUGAGUCCUCCACCAAGAAGGAUGAGAGCGGUGCCCCUCCAACCACCCAGCUGCUGCGCGUGAAGCAGCCCUCCUCGGCCACGGGACUGAAGAAGGAGCGUCGCCUCAGCAACUCCUGCUUCCCCAUCAGCAACAACAGAGAGCUGCAGAGGUUACAGCCCCUCAAAGUUGCAGCAAGGUCCAAAUUACCGACUGGCCCAGACGAGUGUGAGAAGCAGUGA